AAUUUUAACUAAACUUAAGCUAAAACAAAAUAAAUUGUUUAAAUAAUGUGACAAAAUGUAAAAAAAAAAAAAGAAGUUUUAAUUUUUACGAAAAAUUAAGUGAAUUGGAAAAUUUUUAAUUUUAUAUAAAAAAAAAAACAGUUAAAGUUUGUUCUAAAAUUUUAAAAGGCUUAAAGGCACGCACAUAUCUACUCUACACGGCAUCGCAUUUAUAUAUAUAACAAACCAAUGUUAUUGUUUUCGGGAUGUUGAUUCAUAAAUAAUUAUUAUUACACGAAUUUUUAUUCGUAUAUUCAAUGAAAAAGGGUUAUUUACAAUACGUGGGGAUGGUGUUUAUGUUCGUAUACUUACUCUUCAGGAAUAACGGAAAAUUUUCCCUCUAUGCUUAAGAAUAUUUCAGCAAACAAAAAAAAAACAAAAAAAUACUUCUAGAAAAAGCUUAAAUAUAAAAUAAUUUUGUUAUACUUACACCUAAAUAUAUGCAAUACCGUAAAUAUAAUUAAAAUAUGCAGAAAAAGUAGAUUUUUCAAAAAAAUAUAUUAAUUAAUAAUUUAUACAAUUUCAUAGUUUACUUAUUUAUAUAUGUAUGUUACUCUUUAAAAAUUAUAAUUGAUAUUUUGAGUAUUUAAAUUAUAAAAUAUAUAUAUAAAAACAAUAUUAAAAAAGAUAUGAAUUUAAUUUAUAAGUUAUGACAACAAAAAUUAAUAAAUUAGUAUGUACAUUAAUACUAUGAAAAUAUUAAAUGAAUAUAAUAUUGAAGAAGAAUUAACGCCACUACAAAAUUUUUAUUAUGGAGCAAAUAUAUUAAUAACAGGUGGUACAGGUUUUUUAGGUAAAAUUUUAUUAAAUAAAUUAUUUACAUCAUGCCCCGGUUUCGGAAACAUAUUCCUAUUAAUUCGAAACAAAAAAAGCAAAGAUGUACACACCAGAGUCGAAGAAAUAUUUGACGAUCCUAUUUUCAAUAUAAUGAAAAAAAAAAAUCCAAAAUUUCGUCAUAGAAUACAAGGUAUAUCUGGUGAUUGUAUGGUACCGGGUUUAGGUUUAACAUUAACAGAUCGUCAAAUGUUAAUAGAUCGUGUUAAUAUUGUUUUUCAUAUGGCAGCAACAGUACGUUUUGAUGAAAAACUAAAAAUUGCAAUGCAAAUAAAUGUACAGGCAUGUAAAGAUAUCAUAGAAAUAUGUAGUGAAAUGAAAUAUUUAAAAAGUAUUGUACAUAUAUCAACGGCAUAUACACAAUGUCCAUUAAAUAAAAUUGAAGAAAAAUUUUAUGAACCUCCAAUUGAUUCUGGUAAUAUGAUGUUAUUAACAGAAUAUACUUCAGAUAAAUUAUUAGAUACUAUUACACCUAUAUUGCUAGAUAAAUGGCCAAAUACGUAUACAUUCACCAAAGCAAUUGCAGAAGAUGUAAUUAAUCAAUAUGGUAAAUCACUUCCAGUUGGAAUGUUUCGGCCGGGCAUAGUUAUAUCAACAUAUCGUGAUCCCGUAUGCGGUUGGAUUGAUAAUUUUUAUGGACCAACUGGUGUUAUUGCCGGUGCUGGUACUGGUAUCAUAAGAACAUUACGAUGUGAUCCAAAUUCUGCUGCUAAUAUGGUACCAGUUGAUUUAUGUGUCAAUAGUAUUAUUGCAUCAGCCUGGGAUAUAGCCCAAAGAUAUAGUACAAUAAAAAUGAAUCAAGAUAUACCUGUAUAUAAUUUUUGUACAUCAAAAGACAAUGAAAUGACAUGGGGUAAUUUUACUUCGAAAACAACAAAAUAUGGUUUGAUGUAUCCAACAUUAAAGGCAAUCUGGUAUUUGUGUUAUUCUAAUAAUCCAAAUUGGCUAAAACAUAUGAUAAGUGUAUUAUUUUUACAUUAUGUUCCAGCUAUAAUAUUUGAUACUGUAUGUGUAUGUAUAGGUAAAAAGCCAAGAUUAUUAAAUACUUACAAAAAAAUUCAUCGUUUCAUGCAUGUUAUUGAAUAUUUUUCAAUGAGACAAUGGGAAUAUAAUAUUGAAAAUGUUACAAAUCUUUGGGAUAAAUUAGACGAAAAAGAUAAAGAAAUAUUCUUCUUUGAUAUGAGUCAAUUAAAUUGGGAUUUAUUUUUACAACAUUAUUUUCGUGGCAUAAGGCAAUAUUUAUUACACGAUCCACUUGAAACAAUUCCACAAGCAUUAAUACGUUGGCAUAGGUUAUAUUGGCUUCAUCAGUGUGUUAAAUGUAUUAUUAUUGGGAUUUUAAUUAAAGUAUGUUGGGCAAUAUUAUCGUCAUUACUUCCAAUCAAUAGAUCCUAUUAAAAAUCAUUUAAAAUUAAAAUUAAAAAAUUUAAAUAAUUAAUUAAUUUGUAAAAUAAUUAAAAAGAAAAAUAUAUACAUAUACAUACAUGCAUAUAUAUGUAUAUACAUAUAUAUAUAUAUAUAUAUAUACUUACAUUAUAUUUAAAAAAAUUGUAUAUUUAUUUGUUAUUUUAUUUUGAAAUUAAAUUGAAUUAUAAAAAAAAACAAAACAAAAAUAAAAACUAUUAAAUUAAUUAAUUAGAUUGAAAAGAAAAAUUAUAAAAAAAGUUUAAAAAAAGCUAUUAAAAUUUCAUUUAAAAAAAUAAAAUAAGGAUUAAGGUGAUUACAAUAGUAACGUUUUAAGGUCUCAGUUUAUUAUUUUGUGUAAUCAUUUUGAGCCUGUAAAAAAUAUUCAAAGUCAAUAGUCAGUCGAUUACGGAUGAUUAAUAUAAAAAAACGUUAAAUAUGGAUCAAGCAAUGAAAAUAAUGUAACUUUGUCAACAUAUUAACAAACUCACGCAUCCACAAAAUAGCAUUUAAAUAAAUACCGCUUUAAUGUUAGGUGAAUUUUUCUAAUUUUUGCAAAUUCAACGAUUUGAUUUUUCAGUGUGAACACGAUAUCUAAGCAGUAAAAAUUUAUGAUCUUGAAGUUCUGAAUUUUAAAGAUCGUCGAACGCAUAUUUAAUGAAUAUAACUUUUUUUAUUCAAAUCUUUGAUAUUAAAAAAUUUGGGUAACUUUGUUAUAUCCGAGCAUCAUCAAUUUAUUUAAAUAUAAAUAAUAAACAUAAAAUAAUAAAUAUGUAUGGUUAUUUCAAUACAUAAAUAUAAGUUAAGUAUAGGUAAAGAGCAAGUCGCAUUUAUAUCUGGUAUCAAUUUAUAAAAAAAGUGAUAUUUUAGUAUACGUUUUAAAAAUUUUUGGUAUAUUUUGUAAUUGUCAACGAUUUGACGAUCAUGUGUUCAUGAUUUCUGUAAUUGAUGUCAGAAUCGUCUGUUGUUGCAAUUAUUUGCAUAUGUCAUUAAUCAUUAUAAAAAUUAAAGUGACGCUGUUUGAGACAAAAAAGAAACAAAAAUAAAAGAUGAAUCCUAUAAAACAGCAUAUUUUUAUUAAAAACUUUAGUUAAUCAAUAUAUAAUCAAUUAAAUACCUUGAUUCCGUCUCAGACAUCUUGUAAACACAAAAUAUUUUACCAUCUUGCAGUAACAAAAAAAAAUGCGGCUUUGCAUUGAUUUUUGCAAAUUUCUGCGUUAGCAACACAUUAUAAAACCAUGAUUUACGGGUCAAAAUGAUUAUGACAAGUUAUUUUUGACGAUCGUCAAAUUGUACCUUUUAGUGCAAAUUUUUACUUUUACUUUGCAAAUAAUCCGAUGAUCUUUAAAAUACAUAAAACAAUAAAAUUGAUUUUUCAAUUAAGAUUGUUAAAGGAUUGUUAAAGUAAACUCAACUGUUUUGGAGGAUCUGUACUAACUGAGGCUUAUUAGUAAUUUCAUUAUUUGAUAAUUUAACAAGAAUAACUUAAAUUCAUGACUUUUUGUUUUUUUGUUAAUUCAAUUCUGCCUUAGUACUAAACAUGUUCUUUGUACGACAAUUUAGAACUGCAUGUGCUGUCAAAAAAUGCAGUUGGUUUUAAAACUAUAACGGCAUGUUAUGAUUUUAAGGAUAUACGCGCUAUACAAAACUUUUUAAUUUAUAUUUCAGUGAACUGGAAAUAAUAAAAUAUUUACAGCCCUAUCAUGAAUUCGUCUCGUAAAAUUCUACCAAUUGCGAACUUACUUAUGACUUUGAAAUUAUCACCAAUUCCUUUCGAAGAGAUUAAUAUGAAUCAGGAAUAGUAAAACAAUUUCGGUGUGUCAAAAUCAGUAUUUUAUUUCAAUUGUCAAAUGUUUAUUUAAAAUUUAUUUAUUUGUUAUUUGAUUUAUAUAACUUUCACAAAAAAGGACAUAUUUUAAAAACGGAGUUUUGCAGUCUUUUUUUCGUUCUUGUUCAUUUCCUUUCAUGGUAGCUGUGUUGGAAGAACUCAAUUUUAAACAAAAAAUUGGAAACUUUGAAAUUUAAAACAACCAUUCUCUUUAAAUUGCUUGCCACGUGUGAUUAUUUCGUUCGUAGGCUUUUGAGCAUUAUUUUUACUACGCACGUAAUUUAUGAUUAUUUCUUUCGUAGUCUUUGGAGGGUUAUUUUUGCUACGAACGUAGUUUAUGAUUACUCUAUUACAAGUAUUCGUAGAAGAAUUUUAGUAAUUCGGAAUUUUGAAUAUGAAAUUCGCAAUUUUAGGGCUGUUAAUUUUGUGAUUUCAUUUUUAAACCUUAAAAAAUAUGUGACAAUAUUAGAUUUCAUAAAUAAAAACAUUUUUUAUGGUAAUGUCAAAUUUGUAGUUUUUGCAGCUGCGUCUUUCUGUUUUCUAAGUUAUUUAAGUUCUAAGUUAGAAAUGCGAUAGCAUAUUGCAUUACCAAAAACACCUUUGUUGGUGAUCGAGAGAUAUGAACUGUAUUUAUACAUUUUAUAUACUCCAAAUAAAAAAAUAUCUUGCUUAAAACCUGAUUAUAAUUUUAUUUAACUUUUUUUAUAAUAAUAUUACCAUUUUUUUUAUUAAAUAAUUAUAUGUAUUUAUUA